AUGACGAACUUCAAAGAUAGGAAAGGGUUGCAAAACGAGUUCCCCGAGUUAGUCGAGUCUACUCGCGCUGAGCCAGGUCCGAUGAAAGCAGCAGACGAUGUGGAGCAGGCAACUCAGUCUUUCCCCCUCCUCGCUGCUGAUCAAAACCCUCAACACGAGUCGUACGCGUACGAUUAG